GCGUAAAUGUUUUCGGUUAUGAAAACAAGUCGGUCGUUGGUCCAUAUUACUUAACAAAGGAGACGAAAAGCAAUCACAUUAAUUUAAUAUUGCUGCACAACGAAGAAAAUUUCCAUUACAUUUUGGUUAUGGAUAUGUCUUGUCUUAUGCGGUCUCAAUUCACAAGUCAUAAGGAGAAAGGUUACUUUUGUUUUGGAUGCCUGCAAUGUUUCCACGAUGAAAAUAAAUGUAUGACUCACAAAAAGCAGUGUGGAAAAGUAGUCUGUGCCCUGCCGAACAAAAAGAAGCCGUACUAAAGUUCGUCAAUCACAAGAAAAAGGAUAAGGUGCCUUUCGUUAUUUAUGCUGACUCCGAAAGUGUACUGGAAGACGUGCAGGAAGAUGAGAACAAUGGGGCGAGUAAAAAAACGGAAAAGGUAAAGAAGCAUAUUCCAUGUGCUUUUAGUUAUUUUAUUAAAUGUAGUUUUAAUGAAAAUUUAAAUAAGUUAUUUAUAUAUAGUGGUCCCGACGCAGCAAAUGUUUUUCUGAAAGAACUAAUUCAGGAUUGUAAAUUUUUGUAUGAUAGUUACCUAACCAAAACGAAACCUAUGAAUACUCUAACCCCCGAAGAAGAGACAGCCUUUCUUAGGGAUAUCAAUUGUCGUAUAUGUGGCGACAUUUUAGGUAACGAUAGGGUGAAAGAUCAUUGUCACUUAACGGGGCAAUAUCGAGGUGCGGUACAUAACCAUUGCAAUCUGCAAUAUCAUCUACCUAAAUUUAUUCCAAUAUAUUUCCACAAUUUUUCUUCGUACGACUGUCACCUCUUCUUUAAAGAGUUAGUUGAAUUUGGAGGUGAAAUAAGAGUCAUACCUCAAAACAAAGAAAAAUAUAUUUCAAUGUCUUAUUUCAUUAAUAUGGAUAACGAGUCAACCGACUCUAGUUCUUUAAAAAGUACAGUUGUUGUAGGAGAAGAAGAAGAUUCGAGUGAGGAAGAUGAUGAGGAAUUCCAGCAAGAAGAGGAAAGUGAGGGCAAAAAAGAGAAGAAAAAGAAAAUGAAUAGAUUAGAGCAUCGUUUCUUAGAUAGUUUUCGAUUUAUGCCUACUAGUUUGGAUAAAUUAGCAAGGAAUUUAUCUCGAGAUUCUUUUGUUGCUGUCAGAUCUCAUUUUCCUGAUGAUGAAUCAUUUGAACUUAUGACUAGGAAAGGAGUAUUUCCCUACGAAUAUAUGUCAUCAUUUGAAAAAUUGAAGGAGAAACAACUUCCCCCUAUAGACCAAUUUUAUAAUAAGUUGACCGAUACUGAAUGCUCGUCAGACGAUUAUAGGCAUGCAACAAAUGUUUGGUCACAUUUUCGAUGUCAAACUAUGCAAGACUACAUGGAUUUGUACUUAAAAGCUGAUGUCUUGCUUUUAGCAGACGUAUUUGAAAAUUUCAGGAGCUUAUGUAUGCGAAUUCACGAACUGGACCCUUGUCAAUAUCUCACAGCACCAUCUCUAUCUUGGGAUGCAAUGCUACUAUGUACUAAAGUCGAACUUGAGCUACUCAGAGAUAUAGACAUGUACAAUUUCUGCAAAAAUGGUAUUCGGGGAGGGCUUACCCAGUGCUCAAACAGACACUCGGUAGCAAAUAAUGAAGAUGCUCCCAAUUAUAAUAGUGCCAAACCAGAGGUAAAUAUCUAUUAUUUGGAUGUAAAUAAUUUAUAUGGUACAGUUAUGACUGAGUGUCUCCCUGAAAAAGAUUUUAGAUGGGUGGAGGGUUAUGAAAUGGAGAAAUUCAAUGAUCCAGCUGUAAUAUUAUCUAUUCCUGACAACGCUCCUACUGGUUUUAUUUUAGAGGUUGAUAUUGAAUAUCCACCGCACCUUCACGACAAACAUAACGAUUUACCUUUUUUGGCGGAGGAAAAAGUGUGUUGA